AUGGCUAUCACGCCUUCGAAGCCAAUCUUUUGCGCGACCCACCCAAGGGCCUGCUCUACAGCCUUUGAGAGAGUGUUUAUGAGCCGCCGGGACAAGCUGGCUUGCGUACAUGAGCCCUUUGGCGAUGCAUUCUAUUACGGGCCUGAGCGGACUGGCGAGCGUUUUGAGAAUGACGCCGAAGGCAGAGAAAAGUCUGGCUUCGCCGAGACGACGUAUGCCGAUGUCCUGAGGCAAAUUGAGGAGACGGGCAAAGAUAAACGUGCCUUCAUCAAGGAUAUGGCAUACUACAUCCUCCCACCCAACCAGCAAACCGCCACCAUCGCCCCGUCCGCCGGCAACACCGCCGAGCCCAGCAAUCCUACCGUCCUGCCCCUGAGCAUCCUGCGCAAGUUCCAGUGGACGUUCCUCAUCCGCCACCCGCGCCGCUCCAUCCCCUCGUACUACCGCUGCACCCAGCCGCCCCUGGAUGAGGUGACAGGCUGGACAAACUUCAAUCCCUCCGAGGCCGGCUACGAGGAGCUGCGCCGCCUGUUCGACUACCUGAUCCGCGAGCGCGUCGUCGAUGAGAAGGACCUGCUGGUCGUCGACGCCGACGACAUGCUUGACGACCCGGAGGCCGUCAUCCGCGCCUACUGCGCCCACGUCGGCCUCGACUUCUCUGACAGCAUGCUCAACUGGACCGACGAAGACACCAAGAUUGCGCAGGAAAAGUUUGCAAAGUGGAACGGCUGGCACGACGACGCCCUCGGCAGCACCUCGCUCAAGCCGCGCGACAAGAAGCAUAAAAAGGUUAUCACCCGUGAGUCCGAAGAGGCUGAAUGGCUCAAGAAGUACGGCGAGAAGGGACUCAAGGAGAUCCGCGAGUGCGUCGACGCCAACGUCAAGGAUUACGAGUAUCUCAAGAAGUUUGCCCUCCAGAUCUAA